AUGACGCUGCCGCCGCCCGCGCACUGCCCGCCUGCCGCCGCCGCGCACCGCGCCAUGCGCUACUACCGCAUCUGGAUCUACGCGUGCAACGGCGCCUUGUUGCUGGCCGCGCUCGCCUUCUGCGCGGCGGCGGGCCGCGCGCUAGCCGACUACCGGCGCGCGCUCGUACCCGGUCUCGGCGCCGCCCAGCCCGGGUUUCUGUACGGGUACGCCGCGCUGCCCGCACAGGCCGGUCUGCUGCAGUUGCUCGGCUGCUUCGCCGCACUGCGCCUCUCCGAGCGCAUGCUCAACGCCUACUGGCUCGCCCUGCUAGCGCUGCUCGUCGGCGACGCCGCCAUAGGUGUCUAUUGGGCGUUCCGCUUCGAGCGUGUCUGCAGGGAAUUGCGACCCCAGCUGCGUUUGCGCUUGGCUAAAGAUUACGAUUCGGACGUGGACUUCUCAGAGGCUUGGGAUCGGCUUCAGCGGGAACAACGGUGCUGCGGCGUCACCGGCCCCUCGGACUUCGCCGUUUUCAACCGCUCCGCGCUGCCUCCCAGCUGCUGCCGCAUCCCGGCGCACACCCCGGCCGUCACACCAGCUUCGCUUGCCGCUAUGUCCGCCACGUCGGCGGUGCCCUUCACGCCGGUCCAUUGCGCACCUCACACGGCGGCCUGUGCGGAGAGAUUGCUGUCUUGGCUGCGUCGAACGGCGGAUGCGCUAUUUGUUCUCGGAUACUGCGUCAUUGCAUUUUUAAAACUAUGUUUCCUCGGUAUACUUCGAUACGAAAUAAAGGAGAUGAUUCAGAAAAUUAGAAUAUUACGCAGCGAACUUGGUGCUGGGGAACUUCUAGACGGAAGUCCCAUGCACGGUGGACCCUUGUCUCAGACGGUCGUCGUGAACGCCGUUAACGCAAACGGUGGUGUUCGCGCCCACGGGGGCAGCCCGGAGAGAGCGGGAGAGAGGGAAGCUCUGUUGGGACGGACGUCAGAGCCGUGUGCUCGGCGAAGUAUUCACGACGAGCCGCUGGGCCUCAAGACUAUCAAUGGCAACAACAACUGCGAGAUGAGGGAGCUGGCGCGUGGAGACUACCGUCCCCUGGCAGCGGACAGCGCGGCGACUCGGAUCUGACUAAGAUGUUACUUGGAGCGCCUGUUCGGACGGCGGUGGCGCUCGUUCCCCGCCGCCGGCUUCGAGACGGAGCCCCCGCUGGGGCCGGCGUGCACGCGGCGCGCCGGCGCCCGUGUGCGCCUCGACCACCGCCGACACACGCGCUCCGAAUUCGAACUCUAGGA